GUAUACAUAUUAGGGAUGGGCAUGAAAUCCGAAUAUCUGAAUUAUCCGAAUAUCCGGAUAUCCAAAUCCGGAUUUGAAUCAAAUUCUUAUCCGGAUUUCCCGAAUUAUCCGGAUUAUCCGGAUUUAUGGAUUUGCUUUUUUAUGUGACUUCAGACUUACAAAUAUUUUUAAUGUAUGGUAAAAUAAAUUAUUUUAUUAUAAUGAAAAUUUAACAAAAUGUUAUAUUAUAUCAAAGUUCGUAUCAUAAAAAUCGUUCGAAAUGUAUACAUUCCAAAUAGAUAAGUAUAGUGUAUACCCAAUUAAUUAAUCUUUACUGCAUAACCUUCGGAUGGUUAUUGAAAAAGGUUUUUUGAAGAUAAGUUAAAUUUAUCUUACAACAAUAAUUGUUAUCGAUAUAAUUGUUUACUCGGACAUGUUCUUUUACAAUUAUCAAAUAAAAAUUAUCGAAAAAUAUCAAGUGGAGAGUGGAGACAUAUUUGUAGGAAUAGUAUUUCUGUUGCAUCAAACGUGUUAACAUUGAAUAAUUGUACUAUAAUGCCUCCAAGUAAAAUUUGGAAUUUUUUUACGCGUGGCGAAUCAAAUAAAACUGCUAUAUGUUCUGUAUGCAACGACGUUUUAAAAAAUAUGGGAUCUACAUCUAUUUUAUGGUCGCAUUAUAAUCGGUGGCAUAAGCCCAAAACAAAUAGCUUCAACAUCUUCAACUUUCAUUUCUUCUCAGUCAACUUCCUCAUCAUCAAUCAGCCCUGCUUUGAAACGUAAAAAGCACUACCAUAACGAUAACAUUUGUAAAAGAAAUUCAAGACCAUUAGAUAAAAAUCGAUGUGAAAUUAUUACGCAAAGUAUUUGCAAAAUGAUAAUUGUUGAUAUGUUACCAUUUAGUACAGUUGAAAAUAAAGGUUUUCGUUCAUUAAUUUCAACAAUUGAGCCACUUUAUACUAUUCCAUCGCGAAAAAGCAUUACUACACGUAUUGAAAAAAUGUAUAUAGAUAAAUCACAAAGUAUCAGAAAUAUCAUAGAAAACAUUAAUUAUAUUUCUUUAACAACUGAUGGUUGGACAUCAACAGCAAUUGAUUCAUAUUUAACAUUUACUGCUCAUUAUUUUGAUGAUAAUUGGAAAUUGUAUAGUGUAACUCUUUCAAUUGAAGAAAUACAAGAAAGUCAUACGGCUGAAAAUUUAAAAGACAGUAUUAUGAAUGUUAUUGAGUCUUGGAAUUUAAAUAAUAAAAUAACGGGAAUUAGUCAUGAUAAUGCUGCAAACAUUUCAAAUGCUGUAAAACUAUUUUACGAUCAAGAUAUUUAUUCAAAUCGUUGUGCUGCUCAUACACUACAAUUAGCUGUGAAAAAAUGUUUAGAUUUAAAUACAUGUCGUCCUUUAUUAAAAACCGCAUCAAAAAUUGUUGCUAGUUUUCGACAAUCUUCUAAAAGAACAUAUGCCUUAGAAAAUUAUUUAGCUGAGAAAGAGUGCAAAAAACUUAAUCUUGUACAAAGUUGCCCUACACGUUGGAAUUCUACUCUAGGUAUGUUAGAACGAUUGUUGGAACUUCGUUCAGCUGUAGUUGUCAUUAUGUCUGAUCGGACACUUUUUAAUAGUAAGAUCGCGAAAGAUCAAGAAUUACUAGAAGAAGACUGGGAAAAAAUAGAAAUACUUGUUACUUUAUUGAAACCAUUAAAAACAGCAACAACAGUUUUAUGUGCUGAUCAAAAUGUCACUAUAUCAAUGGUUUUACCAAUUGUUAAAAGUCUUAUUGUAAAACAUUAUAAACCCAAUAAUCUAGAUAGUAGGUUUUCAACUCUAUUCAAAGAGACCAUUAUUCACGAAUUAUCAACACGUUUUUCUGUACAAAUUGAUGUUGACAACGAUUGCGAAAGAGAAAUUAGUAUCACUCAAAUGGCUAGCAUACUUGAUCCUAGAUACAAAAAUAUGUCAUUUGAAUCUUCCGAAAAUAUUAAAAAUCGUAUUAAACAAAUAGUACGUUCAAAAAUGGUUUUGUUAAGCAGAAAUACUGAUGUACGUAUACCUACAGAAAAACGCACAGCACUUGAUGAAUUACUUGAAGAAGAACCAAAUAAUGAUACUGACGAGUUUUCAAGGUAUAUGGCGGAAUUUCAAAUAAAUCAUAAUGCAGAUCCAUGUGCAUGGUGGAAAGAUCAUGAAAACAUUUAUCCAACGUUAGCCGUAUUAGCUAAACAAAUAUUAUGUAUACCAGCAUCUUCUGCUUCAUCAGAAAGAGUUUUUUCAACAGCCGGUAAUAUAUUAUCCCCAAAACGUAAUAGAAUUACACCAUGCCAUUUGUCAGCCUUAGUUUUUUUAAAACAAAAUAAUAAUUUUUAAUUAAAAAAAAUAAUUUAAGUAAUAUGCAUGAAUAUGUUUACUGUUUUGUAUGAAUUAUUGUUGU